GAGAAUACGAAGAAGAAGCUCGAUGAUUGCGCGCUACCGUCGUGACGCCCUGUCCUCAAAGUCGACGUCCCGUUCUUCCAGCACUGCGAGAAGAGGAACACUGGAGAAGCAUGCAGCGUUCCGCUAGAAGUUCUCCUCCUGGUUGCUGCCAGCAGAGCCCGCCAAAGCAAGACGUCGCGACAGAACAGGAGCCUCGGAAUCGAGAGAGAAACAAUCAAGCGUCCCGCGAGCAAUACUUGCCCGACGAGGCCCUGCACCUUCAGGUCUCCUCUAAGGACAAACUACCCAAACCGAAAGCGCGCAGCAAGGACUCGGUUCGUCGACAGUCAUCCCGGCGAAGCUUCGCCAACGAAUGCUUGCCACACGAAAACGUACCCGUCCAAGUCGCGUCCGAGCCUUUCGCAGCGUUUCAACACCGGCACCGCCGAGGUGUGUCUCCUGAAGGUCAAGAACAGGACACCGGGUGUCGUCACGCUGUUUCCGAGGGUCGUCUACCGGGUUCCUCGUCCCAGGCCUCGACACGCCAAAACUUCGCCAACGAGGGCUUGCCCCGCGAACAGCAGCUACCCGCAGGAGUCAUGCAUCAGGAUACUGUGCGCGAUCGGUCCACGCCUCCUCGACACCGGCAAAUUGAAGGCGCGUCUCCUCAACGCCAAGCAUCGGACACGGGGUGUCACACUGUUUCCGAGGAAGAACACGAGCCAUGCAGCCUAGACAACCGAGAUGGACAUAUGAGCACAAUAUCGUUGCUUGCGCUGUUCACGAUAGCUAUCGUGGUUAUUGGCAUCCUACUAUAUAUCGCCGCUCGGAGAACCACCGCAAGGCCAAGGUCAGGGAAAGUGCGCGUCAAGGCCUGCACCAACGCAGAUUGUUUACGUCACGCCGCUGCCAUCAAGAUGGCGUGGAACACUUCGGUUCACCCCUGCGAUGACUUUUACUCUUUCGUCUGCGGCUCUUGGGCAGCGGAAAAAAGCCACCGGCGGAUGGAUGACCUCACCGUGGCUGCUAAACAGAUCGCUUUCGCAGAGCUUCUAUCCCACAGACCAGCGCCGGGAAAAGCGAGAAAGUUUUUCUUAUCCUGCAUCAAUGCCGCUGCAGACGUCCAGUCAAACUUGGAUGUGUUAAAGACGUGGGCCUCAUCCAUGGGCAUGAUUCAGCCACGAGCUCAAUCGCAAGCACAAGCUGUGAACCGGCACCCGUUGGACCUUCUGCUCGACCUGGCCAUCAACUGGCGAAUGGGACCACUGAGCGUGCAGGCCACAGUGCAUCCCGGUAGAAACCAAUGGGUCCUCAUCCUCAAGCCUGUUCUUGGUGUAUGGCGCGCGCUGCUUGAUGGAGAGGACUUCAUGUUUCUAGUGGACCAGCAUGUUACGCUUCUCGAUGCACAACGUCCUAGUAGCUGGCUUCAGUGGAAUGAGACCGUGGCGGCCCUUCGCGCAGCCACCUCUGGUACCAUUGUAACGAGUGCGUCGGAUGAAGUGGCAUGCGUUGUUGCUGGUUUGGACGACCUGACGCGGUGGCUCCCCAGAGGCGUGUGGCUUGACUUUAUCAAUGCCCACUUCAGACCCGAACUGACAUUCGACGAGAGCGAUCCAGUUAUCGUGUACGAGACGCCGGCAAUGGUGAAUAUCGGGAACGUCUUCAAGCCGAGACGUUUAAAUACUCUUUCGGAGGUGUUCUCCUGGCUUGUCCUGGAGACGUACCUCGGCGUCAUCGUUACGCAAUAUAAGGCGCGCGAUACAGUGGACAAGGCGUGGUCGACCGAGCACAAUUGUCUGUCGCACACAAGCUCGUCUUUGGGACUGCUUAGUGUUCGACGGUACCUCCAGCGGAAGUUUCCCUCGUGGAGACGGCAAUCUGUAGACACGUUUCUUAAACAUGUACGCACUACGUGGGCUUUGAAUGUGGAAGACGCUCCUUGGAUUGACGAAGAUUCAACGCGUUCAACACUGAAGAAGGUACGAGCGCUUAAGACGAUACUCUGGCCUGGCGAUGAAUUUUUUGACAGACAGUCCAGUGAAGCUCUGUACGGCAUCUUUCCUGACAUGGACAAGCCGUUUGCGGCUAACCUGAUUGAAACCGCGCUUGCGCUGCGACGACUUGUUAAUAACUCACUCUACGCAGACGUAUACACGAAGCAAUUCGCUGACGGGUCCGACGCCGUCGCGUACAAGUACCACCUCAACGAAGCCCACAUCGCACUGGCAGCGCUUAACCCUCCGGUCUACUACGACGUAGAAAUGUUCGCAAUGGCGUACGGAGGCCUGGGUUCGCUUUACGCCAAGGAAGUGUCAAAGAUGUACGACUCUAUCGGAAGAUCUUUGGAUGCGAACGGAGAGCUGCGGGCUGGCGCGUUCAACGAGGAGUUGCCCGAGUACAAGGAGAAAUUUCGCUGCAACAUUACGAGCCGGUUCCCGUUUUACGAAUAUUUCAUUCACAUUUCCGGUCUGGAGACGGCUUUCGAGUCGUACAACGUCGCCGUAUCGAGGGACUCGUGGAACUACGACUACAGGUUGGAGACCCUAGGAGAGUACAGCAGCGACCAGGUUUUUUUCAUGACUUACUGCCACAUUCUGUGCGCGCCUCGAACCGAUUAUUCCGCUGAGCAAUAUUGCAACGUCCCGCUUGGCAACUUUAAACCAUUCGCGGAAGCCUUUCGUUGUCCCGUGGGUUCGUACAUGAACCCCGAAAAGAAGUGCCCCUUGUUUGUCGCGGAAAAGGGGCAUGACGGUGGAGACUCGUGGCUGCAUUCUGGUAGCAUACUUUGAACGCGUUUGAUUAUGCGGUGUGUCUCUCUAUGCCAUGUGGGUCGAUUUCUCGAUCAGAUUUAAGUGUUGUUGUAUAUAAAGCUUCUUCAUCUGAUUUGUGCGAAGAUUCUUAGAGAAGCCUCGGUCGCUCCCGUUUUAUUAGACAGUUGUCUUGAACGUCGUGGUUCUCUUCAUAGCUUAUAUACAAAAUUUUGCAAACGCUCUUCUCUCCGCAACGUUCGUUUGACGUAACCUAUAGAUGGUGAACCUCACGCGAUAUUUAAGUAGUUAAAAUUAUCUGGCUGCAGUGACUGCACGUAAGCUCCCAAUAUUCCUGCAGCCACCCUUUCCAGAGUUGUUAGAACGCUAGAGCUCCCACAGCGACACGACGAUGAACCAAGUAUCUUUGAUGGCACGAGUUUAUUAUAUCUAAAUAAGCUAGCUUGCGGAAUUUCGCCCGACAUCUGUCAAGAAAGUUUCAGAGAACACGAUUUCAACCGUUGUUAAAAAAGUGUUUAGUCGCAUUUCAUGGACGACUUCCGCGUGAUGCGUAUGUGAACCAAGCUCGCCAAAUGUUUUUUUUUUUUCGGCUGGCUAACAAUAUUUUUCUUCUAAAAGUAAAUA